AUGGAAAAUAACACUGCUGACUGCGCUUUCUUCAAAGACAGUCAAUACAGACGUGUACAGAUGUUUAGCGCAAAUUAUGCGGUCAUGAUUUUAAAUUGUAUACUAUGCUUCACGGCCACGCUGCAAAACGUGCCGGUUAUAAUGGCAAUAAUCCGAACACCAUCUCUUCACAACCCAUCAAAUGUUCUCCUUUGCUCCCUAGCUAUUACCGAUCUGGCCGUCGGCGUUGUGGUUCAUCCAAUAUUUGUGGCUUUUAAAGCUCGACUUCUCCAAGGUGACUUUGUAUGCCCUUUAUUGUUCGCUAAAGAAGGAUUGGUCAUAUAUACGGCAAUUGUUUCGAUGCUUACUCUAUUAGCCAUCAGUCUAGAGCGGUUAAUCGCCUUAUAUGUUCAUUUACGAUAUAAAGAACUUGUCACCAUCCCACGAGUAAUAGCGAUUGCCAUAGCAAUGUGGUUCUUAUGGGGCUUGAUUGUAUGUGCCUGGCCACUGGGGCUUAUAGACAUCUACAUAUUAUCCCUCGUUGGCAUCAUAAUAAUAGCAGUAGUUGGUGUUGCAUUAACUGUGGCUUGUGCGAUAAUUUUCCGUAUUUUGCGAAGGCACCAGGCUGUGAUAAUGGAUCAAAGCAAGUUGCAGGCCGCAAAAACGUUUUCACGCAGUAGAAAGUCUGCGGCUGUCAUACUGCAGGUCGUGAUUCUAUUUUUCGUGUUCUACGCUCCGUCUACCUAUGCAACCAUUCGUUUUAAUCUUACCAAGGAUUUCACCAUCAGACAAAACAUCUUAUGGGAAAUCACAGAAACUGUAGCCUUGAUAAACGCAAGUGUAAACCCUUUGUUGUACUACUGGAAAAUGGGAAGCAUACGCCGAGCAGUAAAAAACUUGUUUUGCGUGAGUCAAGAGGAGCUAUUCCAAAGAACAACUGAAUUUUCAAUGUAA